CAGUCUCACUUGAGAAUGGGCAGCAGUUUUAUUUUCUUAUGGAAAAAUCAUUCAGUAAUCCGACGUUUUGGAAGACAAUUAUUUACGUUUGGCUUCGCACACGCUUUUAUGUUUUCAGUUUAUUAUAUGUGAGAUAAAUAAUUGUAACAUUGCUUUAAUUCACAUUAAACCUAUGACACUGCUGCAACAAUCACUGAGUAAAACCCACAGAUAUUAAAAUGUAGGCGGUCAUGUUCAUGUCCCAUUGUAUAAUUAUAAUGAAUUAUAGUUGAUCUUCAUGUAAAGGCUUCAUUUAAAACAAAUUAAUCCUAUGUAACGUCCUAUUUUUUAACUGGCAGUGUGUCAGUUUCCAGUAGCCGUUUUAUUAUCGUCACUGUCACAGAGCUCUGACUUGCUCUGAAACAAUCUCAGCAGUUAACACAGGAAGUUGCGUAACCCUUAUCCUGUAUUGCUAAUGGGGAUGUUCUAUGAACAAAGCACAUGAAUACCAGGAGUCGUUGCUUUUGUUUAAUGCACAAGACAAAUCCUAUAAAGACGGAACAUCUUUACUUGAAAUAUGAAAACGUUUUUAGGAUGAGGACAUUUUCAAAACUACGAUAAAGUGGGUUUUAUCAAUUCAACACAAUUGUUUUCAUUAUUUUUUUGAGACUAGUGCUCUUUCCAAAUGUUGCAGUUAUGAGCUCCGCCCCCCUGAGCCCAGUACAAAUUUUCUGAUAAAGUUCCAGCUUUCAUGACUUUCAUAACAUUGAGAGCUUUGAACUGUGGAGGGCAGCAUUACACCCAGAAGAAGAAGAGGACGACACUGGUGUUGUCUUUGAUGCUCAGUCUGUGCAGUAAUUGACACACAGCAGGACUCCGGCUGUCCAAUGCUAAACUCAUGGCCAUGGCCUGGGUUUGAUUGGAGGAGACAGCAGCGUUAGAAGGCAGCAGGGUGUAGUUUGCUAAUGGCUUCUCUUCUUGGCAUGAAGACAACUCUGACUGUGGACCUUGUCCACCACAACAUUUUGUACAGCAGCUGUAAAAGUAACAAUCAGGCAAAAAGGGAGAAGAAGAGGCCACCGGGGACAGUGGAGAUAGUUGUGGGAGCUGACGAUUCCCUCAACAGCAUCGCUCUCAAGUUCAACAUCACGCCAAACAAACUGGUCCAGCUGAACAAGCUCUUUUCUCGUAGCGUCUACCCCGGUCAGAAGCUGUUUGUCCCCGAUGUGAGCCAGUCAGAAACUGACUUAAAGUCUCCCAGUUCCUCUGAUCCCACGUUCUCAAACGACUUGUCUAAGAAACCGUCACACGAUGGCCUUUCAAACUGUAGGUCAGCAAAAUCCGUCCGGCGUGAGCUCUCCCCAAAUUCGGAGGACGAGAGCCCGUCAGCUGUUAAAUUCAUCAAGAUGAGCUGUAAAUAUUUCACUGAUGGCAUGGGAGUGGUGGGAGGUGUUCUGAUCGUGACGCCCAACAACAUCAUGUUUGACCCCCACAAGUCCGACCCGCUGGUGAUCGAGCACGGCUGCGAGGAGUACGGCCUCAUCUGCCCCAUGGAGGAGGUCGUCUCCGUGGCGCUGUACGACGACGUGUCGCGCAUGAAGCUCAAAGACGCGCUGCCAUCAGACCGACCCCAGGAUCUGUGUCCUGUGUACAGGCCUGGUGAGUGGGAACAGCUGCCAUCAGAGCAGGACCUGAACCCCUUCAGCCGCUAUGAAGCUCUUGAUCCAAAGCGACCAAUCGUCCUGGAUGACAUUGAAUCGGCGCUGUCUGAAACCGGGAGUACAGAGGGAGAGCUGACGGAGCAGUCUCCGUCAGAUGAGGGAUUCACAGAGUUGGAGGCGACUGUCAACGGCAGCAGUGAGGAAGCAGAGGGAAUGUUCUCCAGAGCUCCCAGCACUGUCAGCAGGGACAAACUGAAGCUCCAGGGACCGGGCUUUCCAGGCCAGGAAGACUUUGAGGACAAGUUGAAGCUUGAUCAAACAAAAGGGAAGCUGGAUGAUGAAGAGGACGAAGGCGUGAAUCAGAACAGCUCCAUCGAGGAUGGAGAGUCGAUACAAUCUUCCUCAGACACAGGAAAACGAGGCGACACGGGGCGUGGAAAACCCACAAGCCAAGAGGCAACCGAAACCAAAGAUAUCAACCAUAAAGGGACCAUGGAGCUCCUGCUGAACGGGGAAAGGAGCGACACGUCACUGGACCAAAACAGGAAGUUGAGCCUAAGCCAGGCUGCAGAGGCUCCUUGGAACUCUAGUCCCAAAAGGCAAAGCUUGGACAGACCAGCAGAGGGAGAUGAACUCAGUGAAGAGGAGAGACGGAAGAAAAACUAUGAAGCUGAGGUGAAGUCGUGGCUGAUGGAGAGGAUGCAGGCGCCGAUAGAAGAUAUGCUGUUUUCAUCAGAGGAGAAGAGUAAAAACCCUCCGAUGUUCCUCUGCUUCAAAGUGGGCAAGCCUAUGAGGAAGUCCUUUGCCACUGGAAUGAACUUUAGCCCUGCCCACUCGUUUGGAGGCUGUGGAAAACAGCCAGAAUACUGGUUUGCCGUGCCACAGGAAAGGGUGGACCAUCUGUAUGCAUUCUUUGUGCAGUGGUCUCCGGAUGUGUACGGCAAAGAGGCUCGAGAGCAGGGCUUUGUUGUGGUGGAGAAAGACGAGCUGGACAUGAUCGAUAACUUCUUCAGUGACCCUGCGUCUUGCAGCUGGGAGAUCAUUACCCUAGAUGAGGCGAAGCGGCGGCAGAGUUUUGGCAGCCAUGACGGAGAGCUGUCUGUGGACGCGCUGCCCAUACUCGGCGACACCAGUGACCUGCUGCAGGACACGCACAUCGAGAAACUUGCUUGUCGCCUGCCGGCGCGAGUGCAGGGUUACCCCUGGAGACUGGCCUACAGCACUGUGAAGCAUGGAACCAGCCUUAAGACUCUGUACAGAAACCUGGCAGCUGUGGACAGUCCUGUCCUGCUGGUCAUCAAAGACAUGGACAAACAGAUAUUUGGGGCCUUCUCGACUCAUCCCUUCAGAGUGAGCGAACACUGCUACGGCACAGGAGAAACCUUCCUCUACAGCUUCUGCCCUGAAAUCAAGGUGUUCCGGUGGACAGGGGAGAACUCCUACUUUGUGAAAGGCAAUACAGAUUCUCUGCAGAUGGGAGGAGGGGGUGGUCAGCUGGGUCUGUGGCUGGACGCUGAGCUGUACCGAGGUGCCUCCACCCAGUGCGCCACCUUCAACAACCAGCCUCUGUCGACUCAGCAGGACUUCAGUAUCCACAGUCUGGAGGUCUGGACCUUCGAGUAGCGUUCGAGGUAUUUCUACAUUCAUGCUCCGCUCCACGACCUCAAAAUGUCAGACACCGCCAAGUCUGUUACACACCACUUGAAGUCAAAACUAACUACCCCACCAUGACACUACAUGGUCAGUGAGAGUAGACAGAAAGCAGCCUGUGGAGUUUUCAUAGCGACUGAAAGCAGCGCUUGAAAUGUUCAUUCUGUUUUGACGUGGGUUUGACCUGCAGGGAGUUUGACCACUUAAUGCUUGGUUCAUGCUUCCGUUUAAAGACCAACUGUGUGAAAACGCUGCUGUCUUAGUUUAUUUGCUGCCUUACACAUGCGACAACGGCACCAGCUUCCACAGCAUGCUGACUAUAGACUGCCUCAGCACCCUAAGCUUGUGAGGAUCGAGGGAAUAAGAAGCUGACUUUAGUGUGACGUGAAUUCCAAAUUUCUGUAGGUUUGUGCAGAGAUUGCGAUUGAUGCGAUUCUGGGAAUGUACAGGCUUGUAUACCAUAGAUGGUUUGCUUUAUUCUUUUGUUUUGUUUUUUAAUUGAAACUUGAAGGAAAUUGGAAAAUGCCAGGUCAGAUUUUUAAUUUCUCCACUAUAAAAUUAGUUUUUAAUAAGGAAAAUGCUGUAAUUGUUUACAACUGAAGUGUUGCACUUCCUGCGCAGGCUGUCUGGAGUUUUAAAUGUAGCCAGUGAGAAGAGUUUCAUUGCGUUUCUUCGUGAGAAUAUGUAACGUUUUCUUUCCCCCCGUACGAUCCAAAAACAAGCGCUAAAGCCAGGAAACGUUUGCAGUGACCAAAUAUGUCCUUUUUAAGUUUGAUUUGUUGUUAAUUUGUCAUGUUUUAUAAAAAUAUUUUUAGAUUUUAUUUUUUACAUUUAUUUUUGCAUUCUGUCUUUAUAAAUAACCAUAUAAUAAUGGUUCUGAUUUUAUAGAAAAGUGUACUGCUAAGCAUUUCUGUUUGUGAUUGGACUCAAGCACUUGAAAUGUCUGUUCAGCAUUAAAUUCAUGUCUCACGAUGACUCAUUUUAUAUCUCCUUAAAUUUUGUUUUUUAUUAUUAUUUCCGGUCAUUGUUGAGACAUGCAGCCAAUAGAGUUUGAACAGGAUGUGACUUUGCACUACGGGAUUAAAUACCAGUUUGUGCUGUAUUGUGGGCCAAUAUAAUUAAGCAUUUCUCUAAUGUAAACUUUUGUUACUGAACGUUUAAUCAUCACUGCACAUGUGGGAAAGCUGCCUUUACUCAAAAA